UUGAGUCAUGGCGGAUGUGAGAUAGGAGAUAUUCGUUUAUAAUCGUGACCUCAAAAAGGAUUUCGUACUUUCAACAGCAUUCAAAAUGGAUUCUUUACCAUUAAUUAAUUCAGUUUUAUUUUCGGUUUUAAUUUUAUUUAAAGAUGUUACAUCCUUUACAUUAACUGCAUCGAAGAGUGCCAACAAGGCUAUUCUUGGUGAUAAUCCAUUUACAAUAUCGUGUGCAUAUACACUUACAGGAAGUGAUCAACUGUUUACAAUAGAGUUACAAAGAAAAAGAGACACUGGUAAUACUGCCGCUUUUGAAACUUUGGUGACUUUUCAAAGUCCAAGCCAUGAUUUAUUAAAUUUUACUUAUCAAGAUACAGCGUUGGAAGAUAGGACUGUUGCAACAAAGUCAACAGAGGAAAGUAAAACAGCAACUCUUGUUUUCAACAGAAUAGAGUGUGAUGAUAAAGCUACAUACAAUUGUAAGGCUUUGUACACAGAUGGUGUGGUAAAACUUGCUGAGAGUUCUGUAUCUGUUUUUGUAAGAGCUAAUACAUUAUUUGAAAAAGAUAAGACAAUUUCAUAUACACCAUCAGCAAGUUUAGAAGAGGGUGAUGACGUCACAUUUCAAUGUAGUGGGGAUGUGGGUAAUGAACCCGUCGGCCAUCUUGGCUGGUUUUAUUACCUCAAUAACGACACAUUUUUUACAAUCAAUGCCUCUGACAAAGCAGUAUCGCAAGCACCAGUGUACCAACCAGGAACAUGUAGUUACAAACGAACAUCAACACUUCAAUUGAAAAUGCUCAGAUCAUUCAUUAACUUAUUAGUGCGAUGUACUGUGCAACAAGAUAACUACAACCAGUUCGGAGAUGGUUAUGCGCAGACUACGAAUAUUCAAGUAUAUUACCCUCCAAAGGUCACUGCUAUAGCUGACAAAACAGUUGAUGAAGGAACUGACUUGUUGACCUUGAACUGCGUAGCAGAUGCCAAUCCCCGACCAAAGUAUUCGUGGCUUCUACCAAAUGGAACAGUGAGCGACGGUCAAAGCUUGUCACUCACAAACCUUAAAGUUGGAGAUAAUGGGACGUUCACCUGCUUAGUGUAUAAUGUAUACAAACAAGUGAACCAUACAGCUAAUGAGACGGUGUAUAUCGAUGUCCACACGGCUGCUGCAGAGAUUGAAUCUGAAAAUGUGGCAGUAAUUGUUGGUGUUGUUCUUGGUGUUAUCAUUGUAAUUCUUGCUUUAUGUGCUGGUUGUGUAUCGAUGGUUCUAAGAAUAUAUAGAAGUAAAGAAGCUCAGUCUGACGUCAAGAAACGCCGAAUGAGAAAGGGACCAAUAUAUGCAAACGAAUCUUUCUUGACAGGAGAUUUAGAUUCCAGUGAGGUACGAACUGUCGGAAUUAACCAAACAACAGCUUCCAGUAUAAAUAUUGAAUCAGAAUACUUGAGAUUGGAUGAUAAUACUCGUGAUGACAGGAAGACGUAUGAUACCAUACAAAAUAUAUGAAAAGUUAAAAGGUUUCCUGCAGGGAUGAAUUGAUUUCGGCCGAGGGACGUCUAAGAUCAGCUUUACUGCUUGUAAAAUGUACAGAGAAGUACUGAAUUUAAGUGGAAUUUUCAAUGCUCAUUGUUAAAUUACAAACUGAAAUCUUGGAAUUGAAUUGGCCAUUCUUAAAUAAUAAUAAGUAAACUAAUAUGAAUUUAAUGAUCUUCCUGAAACAGUAUACGUGUCUAAUUUUCAAUGAAUCUAAAAAAGUUACGGAAGCUAACUUUCAUUUUUCAUUUUCUAGUUUUCGGUCUAAUAAUCCAUGUUUCCGGCCACAAAUUAUCUUAGUAGAAUUAUAUUGAUUAUGAUAUUUUCCAAAAUAAUGAGACAACAAACACGUUGCUGAUCACUUCAUAAACUUCCUUUUUGAUUAAACUUCAAUUGCUCAAGUAAUUUCCUUUGAAUCUAACGUGACAUUUAGAAUUACACAUAUUUCUGAAUUAAUUCUGUCUCAAUCUAGAUCAACAUCCAUUUAUGGUUAUGCUGUAUUUUUCAUUUGAUUCUUUAGUUCUUUCGAAUUACUUUUCAUAAAAGCAUUAUAUUUUCUUGAUCGUUUCAGGAACAGUUUGUUAACUUAAUAAAAAUGCAGAAAUGCUGAAUUUUUAAAUGUUAAUUGUAAUUUACUCGUCUGACACUUUAUAUUAAUGCAAAUCCCAUAUAUGACAUCAUGAUUGUUAUCAAUAAUUUUUGCUAAUAUACUUUUUUGAAGUUUACUUAUCUGAUUAUCUGUUUGAUUUAAUAGAAAUGAAUUAACAGCCCGCUGGCUUUUGUCAUCUGGUGUGUUCAUUAGUAUAAAUCGAAUCUUUUUAUUGGCCGAAUGGAUAAUUUCUUAAUUCAUAUAAGGUAGUUUCAUUAGUUGAUUUAAUAAUCUCUUAUUUUUAAUCAUUGGUUCAUUAUAUCAUUGAAAGCAGUUUUACAAAUAUUAAUAACUAUAUAUCUAUUACUGUUAUAUAACUAUAAUUGCAAUGUGUUUUGAUAGAAUUUAUCGUAAAAUUAGGUCACACUUUAAAAACCUUUAAACAUGGAUUUAGUUAUAUACGAUAACAAGAAUAUUGACGAUGACGGCGACGACGAAAAGUUUUAAAAGUUAAGGUACAUCAACUUAAAGGUCAAUAUCAACAAUAAAACGUGUGGUGGUAUUUAAGGAAAAACAAAAAUAUAUAUAAUAUCUUAUUAAUAUAAGAUAGUUUGUUCUUCAAAUUUAUAAUAUUUUAAAUUAAUAAAUGAUAAGCUUAAGUCAUGACUGAAUAAUGUAGACUUGUUGGGAUUAUUAAAGAAAUACCAGACAUGAUUGUAUUUUGAUGGGAAUGAUCACAUAUAUUCAGACGAAAUAUUUACCUUCAAAAUAUUUUCAGGUAUUUUUACAGAUAAAUGUCAUGUUCUGGUGAAGAAAUAUCCAAAAUAUGACAAUCUGUAUUAAUAAUGUCUUUACAAAGAGAAAUUUAACUGUAAAUUUGUAAUUUUGUAUGAAAUAACAUACAAUGCAUGUUUGAAUGUAAAUUUCCCAUUGUUUAUGUGGUCAUAAAUCACAAAUUCGUAUGAUUAUAUAGUGUAUCUGUGCGUAUGUUAUGCUUUUGCAAGCUUCCGUCUCCGCUAGCACCGGUAAUUAAUACUGUUUCUUUUAUUAUCAACAUUGUUUCUAUUUGUUACAAAGUAUCAGAACAAAGUAAUUAUAAAACUGAUAAGAUAUCUGUUUGAUAUUUUUCAGACAAGAUUGAUUACACAGUGGCAAAUUAUAGUCUUUUAAUUCAUUUAAUUUAUUGAGUUUAAAAUGCAUAGUAGGAAAGAAAUUCUCUAAUAUUUUAACUCUGACAAUAAUUCAAAUUUUUGAAGUUAGCUCCGUUCUUUAUUGACUCUCAGUAAAAAUAAUUUCCAUUAAAAUGAAGAUGAAAGAAAAUGAAAUCAAGCAACUUUUAAAUGCCAUAUACACAUGUAUAGAUAGCAAAAUGAAGUAAUUCAAAGGGACAACCCGUUGUAUUGAAUUUAUGAAACACUGUAUCCAAGGCUUCGUGGCCCGGUCAUUCAACAAGCUCAAAAUACUUCGAAAAUAAAGGAAGCUACGCCCUGAUCUAUUCCAUGUUUUUUAAAACAAGCAAUUAUCAUAGUAUUGCAAGCAAUCCAUAAGUCCCCUACCGGUUAGAACCCCAUCAACAUUCUGAAGGGUCAUUGGCCAUUCACUAAUGUUUCAAUUUUUUUCUAUUUUAAAAAAAAAAAAUGUUGGAAAAGUUCUUUAAAAGUGAUCACAGGAUACAGUUUUUAUGAACAGACAGACAGACGGACUGAAAGACACUCUAAAGUUAAUAUUUGAAACAUCCCUGUUACCAAAAUAUACCAUUUUAAAAGCAAAAUUCUUAAAGAGGAGAUAACUCUUGAAUUAAAGAUGCAAUUUCAUAAAAAUGU